AAACUGUUAUUUCAUUGUUGCUGAUAAAGCGAAAGUUUCGAAAUCGCUGAUGUAUCACUGAUAAAAUUUGCUUAUCCUUGUAUUCGAUCACAUGUAUCUUUAAACUUUACAAACUUCAAUAUGUACAAUACCAGAGAGAAAAUAUAAUCCCUACGAAUAUUAAUAAGCUUGUUUAAAAUAUGUAUCUGAUUUCAGAACGCGGCUGUUACAAGUUAUGCGAUGUGUAAUCUCUGAUAGUGAACGUCCUUUUUUCCAUAUAUUCGUCUCCAAUGGAAAUACGUUCAAGAUGGCGUCGCUCAUUGACAACUAUGAGCAACAAUACGCCGUUUUGACAGCUGACAUUACUGCAAAAAUUGGUAGAAUAAGAACACAAAGCGGCAAUGAGAAAAGGCUGUUCAUUCAAGAUGUGGAUAGGCAGAUCGAAGAGGCUCAAGAACUGCUCGAGCAAAUGGAAUUGGAGGUUCGUGGGGUGAAUGGUGCAGCACGUGAUCGCUUGCGCGGUCGAGUAGAGAGUCAUAGGGCAGAAUUAAAACGAUUGACACAAGAAUUUCAAUCAGCCAAAAAGGCAAAGGACGAAAGUAUUGAAAUAAGCAGGGAAGAUUCAUGGGAGAAUAAUAUUACAGAGGACCAGAAAAAAAGAUUAUUAGAUACCUCAGAACAAAUAGACCGCACAGGUAGAACUUUACAGAAUGGAUAUCGAAUGGUAUUAGAAACAGAAGAAAUUGGUUCUCAAGUAUUGAAGGAACUGCACGAGCAAAGAGAGACAAUUCAAAAAGGAAGAGCAAGGUUACGAGAUACGGAUGCAGAGCUAGGUCGUGGUUCACGUUUACUCUCGGGAAUGAUGUUUAGAAGUCUUCAACAAAGAAUUGUUUUAGCAGUAGUGGCAUUAACGCUUAUAAUUGUUGCUUGUAUUGUCAUGUACUAUAGCUUUAAAUCUAAAAGCUAAAGACGAAAGUAGAACGAACGUUUCGUUUGGGAGAUAUUGGUUCAGAAGCCAUAUUUAAUAUUCACUCAAUUUCAGGUAUUAUGAUUAUUGAAUACAAUGUUUGUUAGGGGAUUAUUAAAUUACACACGAAGGAAUGUUAUAUAUCAUCCUUUCAUUGAUCUUUUCACUCAUUUGGAGCAUUUAGUAUCAUUAUAAUUUAAGCCUUCUAUGCUCACUAGUGUUAAUCACAGUU